GCCUUAGAUUUAAACGUUGCUUGUCUGUUUGGAGACACUCUCGCUCUCUCCCCACGUCGGCGGCCGAACCAUAUCCUCUCUCUUUUCUUUGCUUGGCCAUUUUUUCUCCUUGUUAUCCAGCUAUCUACGGCGCCUCCAUUGCGUGCGACGUUGCUGCUUUGUGCGGCUCCUUUGUGGUCUGUCGUGUGCCGAGAUUUUCGGACCUUCUCUUUGACGUCUUGGCCAAUCCGUCGCCUAUUUAAACCAUUCGAUGGAUGUAUCUGAGAUCCUUCGCCCACAGUCUUUACGUUUGCCUGAUCCAUGGCUGAAAAGCAAGGUUGUUUUACUGCUCUACACUAAUUCUGGGGACGGUCUUCUUGCGCUAGACUCCAAUGCCAUUCUUAAGCUCUGGAAAUGGCAGAGUACUGAUCGUAACCUAUCUGGGAAGUCUACUGCAUCUGCUGUACCACACUUGUGGCAGCCUUCAACUGGGGCUCGUAUGGAAAAUGACUUGAGUGACACUAAUCCAUCGGAAGAGUCAGCUGCUCCUGCAUGCAUUGCAUUAUCUAAAAAUGAUUCCUAUGUCAUUUCUGCUUCAGGUGGGAAGGUCUCAUUGUUCAACAUGAUGACAUUUAAGGUGAUGACAACUUUCAUGCCUCCGCCUCCUGCAGCAACCUACUUGGCCUUCCAUCCACAAGAUAACAAUAUUAUUGCCAUAGGAAUGGAGGAUUCUACCAUUCAAAUAUACAAUGUUCAGGUUGAUGAGGUAAAAACCAUGCUCAGGGGCCACCAGAAACGAAUCACAGGGCUUGCAUUUUCCCAGACUCUGAAUAUACUGGUAUCAUCUGGAGCUGAUGCACAGCUUUGUGUCUGGAACAUUGAUGGAUGGGAGAAAAGAGAAGCAAGGCCUAUACUAGCACCACCCGGUCACCCAUCUCCCUUAGUGGGAGAAACUAAAGUACAAUUCCAUAAGGAUCAAACCCAUUUACUAGUGGUCCAUGAAAGUCAAAUUGCUGUUUAUGAUAGCCAUCUUGAAUGCUUGCAAUCAUGGUACCCAAGAGAGAGACUUUCUGCUCCCAUUUCCAGUGCAAUUUAUUCAUGUGAUGGUAUGCUGGUCUUCGCUGGAUUUUGUGAUGGUGCUAUCGGGGUUUUUGAUGCAGACAGUUUGAGGCUUCGAUGUCAUAUAGCACCUUCUUAUAUACCUUCAUCCGUUGCCAGUGGCGGCAGUGCCUUCCCCGUGGUAAUCGCUGCCCAUCCAUCUGAAUCUAACCAAAUCGCAGUAGGGAUGAGUGAUGGAACAGUCCAUGUGAUCGAGCCAUCUGAUGCAGAGCCAAAGUGGGAUGGUUCAGCGCCGAAAGAAAAUGGGACUUUGACUUAAGUCCCUUAAAAUACUCGCUUGAAUAGUCAGCCGUCUGAAACCCCUUCUAGUUGAACAUUAUGUAACACCAGUUUCUUGAUAUAGCUGUGGCACGCUCGCAUAAGCAUAAUUUUGCAAAUAUAAAACGGUUUGUAAAUUUUAAUCCCUUAUGUUAUUUUCAACAACAAAGGCUCGUGCAAGUCUACAGGUUUGUCUAGUCAUAAUAUAUAUAUAUUUGGGGUGAUGAGGCCGUUCUCUU